AUGUCGACAAGUGAGGACCCGUAUGCGCCCGAAGGCGACCCCCGCCUCCUCCCCGUCCCCCUGUCAACGACGUCGGUCUGGCAACAAUCCGUCGCCCUCGACCCGCUUAUCUCGAAUUCGACCACUCCACUCCCCGAGUCGGCCGACAUUGUCGUCGUUGGCGGAGGCCUCUGUGGCGCCCUCCUAGCCUGGGAACUGCUCCAGAGGACGAGCGGCAACGUCGUGCUCCUGGAGGCAAGAGAAUUAGCCUCUGGCGCCUCGGGCAGGAACGCAGGCCACUGUCGACCCGACGCCGGGCGGGGAUUUGGCAUGUUCGCAAACGUGCAUGGGGAGGAGCAGGCGAGGGCGAUUCUCAACAGCGAACGGACGGUUUUUGAGCGGGUGGACCGGUUCAUCCACAAGCACAAGAUCGAAUGCGAAUGGCAGAAGAGAGAGACGUACGAUGUCUGCCUGACCGAGGACUUUGCGGCGUACUCGCAACAAGCGAACGACGCAUUCGCGCAGGCUGGUGGCCACCCGCCCGCCCCGCUUGGGAGAGAGGGUGCGCAAAAGGCGGCGCGGAGCCAGAGCGCCGUCGAGGCGUAUGGCUGGGAGGCGGCGACGCUCAAUCCUGCCGAGCUGACACUGGCGAUCCACAAGUUGUGCAAGGACACAGAGCGGUACGACGCGUUCACGUUCUGUCCCGUUUUGGGACUGACGCCGGGCGUUAAUCCGGACGUGCUCAUCCGGCCCGACCCAGAUGUCGAGUCACGGGAGGCGACGGAUCCCGCCGAAACCCCCGGAUGCGCCGGAUGGACAGUCGCGACUGCCCGCGGCUCAGUGAGGGCGCGCAAGGUCGUAUUGGCCACGAACGGGUAUACGGACAGCGUGAUGCCGAUGGGCAUCGUGCCGGUGCAGGCGCAGGCGCAUCUCCUUUCCUCUCCCACGCCUCACUUGGACAGCUCCUACUCGCUCCGAAGGAGCAUGAAGGAGUUCUACUCUGUCGCUCCCCGUCCCGACGGCACAGUUGUGCUGGGCGUAUCGCGCCUGGGAUGGCCUGAGGAACUCUUGAGACAGGCGGUUGGCAAUGUGGACGACAGUACGUGGAACGCGACGAUUGCUGCGCAGGGUCUCAACGCGAUUAGUGACGUUUGGCCAAAUGGGCCAUGGAAGCACGCCAAGCCUGGGGAUCUGCACCCACCUCCGGCGGGGGGCAGCAUCAAGACUGCGACUGAGCGCAAAGAAGUCGAGGUUGACGGCCUCGAGUGUGCCUGGACUGGCAUCAUUGGGAUCACGAAUGAUCUUGUUCCCGUCGUGGGGCCUGUGCCGGGAAAGGACAACCUGUUCGUCGCAGCGGGGUAUAACGGUCACGGCAUGGCUCGGAUCUUCGUCACUGCGCCUGCGCUCGCGACGCGGAUUGCGUCGGGCAAAUGGAGGGAGGAGGAUGGCAUGCCCGAGUGUUUCCGCCUCACUCCCGAACGGUUUGCGAGUCUCACGGCCGACUUGAGUCCGAGCGCGAAGCCGAGCCCGGCGGCGUAA